AUGAAUCGUUCAAACACCUUAAGUCCAGCACGCGGCGGAGUCAAUCCCUUGACUGUGGACGCUGAUUUCGACUGGCGAACUACGGUUCCAUCAAUAUGGCAAGCCAUAACACCCAGUGCCAGGGCACAACGGAAUGGUAGUUUAGACUUGCACUCAACCAUCACCGGUGGUGUUUCCAAUGUGUCGCAUGAUCGACUGGGUAUGCCAGGUAACGGGAUCUUGAAGACCCCGGUCCACUUACUAACCUCGUUGAUCCAGUACUGGUUUCGCUACAUUUGUCAAAUGGGCUCCACAUUUGACUCGGAGGUCAAUUAUAACCGCCAAUUAGCUUGGAGUGUAUGGACCACGUCAGAGGCCGUUUUUUACACUAUGCAGGUCAUGUCCGCCGCCUGCCUUCUGGACAGCAUGCCUCAGCCCAGGGAGACCUUACCAUCCCUGACCGCACAGGCUACCACAGCCAUUGAUCAGGGCAUAUCUCAAGUAGUGGCUUCUCAGUCACCGAUAGUUACAGCGAAUGUAGUCUUCGCAGUGUUUGCAUUGGGUACCUCGUUGCAUUGGAGUACCCACGCAAUUCCAGAGCAUCUGUGGCUGGAAGCGGCUCGCAACUUGCUUUCCAUUUACAGAGUACAACUCUCGGCAACAGAAGCCUUGCUGCACGCAUAUUUCUGUCAGAAAUUAACCUCCUGGGAAAUGAUUCUCAGCUCAGUGGGCUGUGGCUCAAUCGCCGCCCAGGUUGAUAGGAUGCGAGGACAAUACAAAGCCAGAUUUCUUCAAGUGCUGCAUGUGCAGGACGGCAAUUGCAAUUCCCUCUGCAACAACACACUACCCGACGAUGCAGGGCAGGCCCUCUUAAGGACCGGGCCCAAUGCCUGGUGUGGCGUCUCGAAGGAGGUGGUCGAUGUCUUCGGACAGGUAUUGGCUUUGUGUCGCAAUGUGUGCCAGGAGACAAAGAACAACAAUCCCCUAGUGAUUCUUAUGAGACGCAGCUCGGCUUGUGACAUAUUCUUUGCGUGCGAUUUGCGGACAAACUUGCUAGCGAUGGAUUUCAGCACGCUCACCAUCAUGGAAGAGACACAAGGGUUUCCCGUCCAGACGCGGGACGAUAAUACGCCCAUCUCGCAUCUGCUACAAACAGCUGAAGCAUACCGCCAACCCGCACUGUUGCAGCUGCGCUUUACAUUUGGUGGUCUUUCUAUGAUACCUGAAGAAAGACAUGGUGACUUCAUUAUCACCGAUGCACUGCCGAAUGACGAAACAGCCGAUACCGCCGUGACUGAGCAGUCUCGCGCAGAGUUUCUGCUUACAUUACCCCUGCAACUUGUCGCAACUCUGGAGCAAAUCCCUGCGGAUUCGGGUUCUAAAUCGAUUCAUCACAUGCUUUACGUUUCCGAAGCCGCGGGCCUCAGAGUGGACACAUGUGCAGUACCACAAGGUGACCUUCAUGUGGCUGGAGCACCCCAAAGAGUUGCUAGGCUGUUCAGUGUCUCUACUUGGAACCACCUGCCUUGCAGAUGCAGCAGCGUUUGCGCGAUGCUGGAUGGCUGGUGUUGGCCCUGCCUGAAAACCCGUGUCAAUGCACCUCAACAUCGUCACUAUGUGCCCCAGAUACAUUCAUUCCGCAAUCGGGUUUGGGAGUAUCCAGAGCGAGACGCCUUAGUUGGGCCCGACUGA